AUGAAGUUCUUCGUGGGAGCUCUGGCUACCCUUUCGGCACUGUCGGCCACUGUGGUUGCUUCUUCCGCCCCCGGCAACUUUAGCUACAACCGCAACCAGUUUCUUCUCAAUGGAGAGCCCUACCAGAUUAUCGGCGGCCAGAUGGACCCUCAGCGGAUUCCGCCCGAGUAUUGGACGCACCGACUAAAGAUGGCCCGCGCCAUGGGCCUAAACACCAUCUUCAGCUACCUCUACUGGAACCUGCACGAGCCCAGCCCCGGCGAGUGGGACUUCCAGGGCCGCAACGAUGUCGCCAAGUUUUUCCGCCUGGCGCAGGACGAAGGGCUCAAGGUGGUGCUGCGACCCGGCCCGUACAUCUGCGGCGAGCGCGACUGGGGUGGCUUCCCGGCUUGGCUCAGCCAGGUGCCGGGAAUGGCCGUGCGACAGAAUAAUGGUCCGUUUCUCGACGCCGCCAAGACCUACCUCGAUCGUGUGGGCAAGGAGGUGGGACAGCUUCAGAUUACCCAGGGUGGACCCAUCCUGAUGACGCAGCUGGAGAAUGAGUACGGUAGCUUCGGCACGGAUAAGAAGUACCUUGCCGCGCUGGCGGCCAUUCUUCGCGACAAUUUCGAUGUUUUCCUGUACACCAACGACGGUGGUGGCAAGUCCUACCUCGAAGGUGGACAGCUGCACGGCGUUUUGGCCGUCAUUGACGGUGACUCGAAAUCUGGCUUCGAAGCUCGCGAUAAAUACGUGACGGAUCCCACAAGUCUCGGUCCGCAGCUGAACGGAGAGUACUACAUCACUUGGAUCGAUCAAUGGGGCAGCGACUAUGCCCACCAGCAAAUCUCUGGCUCGGACACCGACAUUGCCAAGGCGGUUGGAGAUCUCGACUGGACUCUUGCUGGAAACUACUCCUUCAGCAUCUACAUGUUCCAUGGAGGUACCAACUUUGGCUUUGAGAACGGUGGAAUCCGAGAUGAUGGUCCUUUGGCCGCCAUGACGACCAGCUACGACUACGGUGCGCCUCUGGAUGAAAGUGGUCGUCCUACGGAUGUCUACUACAAGCUGCGGGAGAUGAUUUCCAAGUACGUGCCCGCAGGCAGUAUUCCGGAUGUUCCCACCACUCCCGAUCGAGCUGUCGUCCCGGAGUUUGAGCUCAAGCCGGCGGCGGCCCUGUUUGAUCUCCAAGACAAGCCUACCCAGCAGGCCAAUGAUCCCGUCAGCAUGGACGCGUUGGGUCAGUCGUACGGGUACGUCCUGUACGAACAUACCGUUACCAAGAAUGUGAGUGGCAAUGUGACCAUUGGUGACGGCGCUCGCGACCGUGCCAUGAUUUACGUCAAUGGCGUGCGUGUCGGUGUGGUCGACACCAUCUACAAGACGCCUACGACUGUCAAGGUCGCGCUGAAGAAGGGCGAUACUCUGCAAAUUUUGGUCGAGAACCUUGGUCGCGUCGACGUGCGCCAGCGUCUCAGGGACCAAGUCAAGGGUAUCGUCGGCCACGUUGCCGUUGGCUGCCACGUUCUCCGCAAAUGGUCGAUGCACUCGAUUCCACUGUCAACGCUGCCGUCGAACCUGAACAAGGAGCACACGAUCAAAAAGGACGACUCUCCCGUGUUCUACACCGGCACUUUCAACAUGCCCAAGGGAACAUCGGCGGAUCCGAGCGGCGACACUUUUAUCUCAGUUCCCAAGGGCGUCAAGGGCGUCUUAUGGGUCAACGGCGUGAAUAUCGGAAGAUAUUGGACUGUCGGUCCCCAGCAGAGCCUGUACGUUCCGGGCAGCUUCUUGAAAGAGAAGAAUGAGGUUGUUCUCCUCGAGCUGGAGCCGCAGCCCGAUACGAAGCUUUCUGCGGAGGGCAUCUCUGAGAGGAAAUGGUUCAAUAACGCAGAUCCAGAUGCGCCUUGA